AUGUCGUCAUCGCCCUCCGACCUCUCCAAAGUGACCUCCGCGGUCGACCCGGCGCUACGGCCCGCACACGAAGCGCUGUUCAACGCGGGGCUGGCGGUCCGCCGCGCGGUCGUGGGCGACGCAUACGUAGACCGGGCGCUGGAGAACGGAUCGUCCGAGUUCUCGCGGGCGGGCCAGGAGCUGGUGACGGAGUGGUGCUGGGGGUACGCGUGGACGCGGCCGGGGCUGGAGCGGCGCGACCGCUCGCUGCUCAACAUCGGCAUGCUGAUGGCGCUGAACCGCGCCCCCGAGCUGGUCGUGCACAUCCGCGGCGCGCGCAACAACGGCCUCAGCGAGACGGAGAUCCGUGAGGCCAUUCUCCAUGCCACCACUUACUGCGGUGUGCCCGCCGGUGUCGAUGCCAUGAAGGUCGCCGAGAGGGUCUUGAAUGAGAUGGAGGAGAAGGAUGGUGUUAAGCGGGAGUUGGGUGCUAGGAGUAAGGAUGCGUAG